UUUUUCUCUUUUUCUUUCUAGACUUCGUUUCCCCCACGAAAUGGCACAUCCUGUCAACGCAGCCCGUGUGCUGUCCAUACCAUGCCGUCCUUCGUCCUCGUCAGUCUCCAGCGUUAGAGCUAGGGCAAGAGUACGUCGCGCAGUCGUCGGUAUAGCUUCAUUCAGCUCCACCCCAGCAUUUCAACAAUCACGGCCUGGACCAACAUUACGGACUACUGCCGGAGCCAUACCAGCGUUCGGGCGGCAAAGGCCCAAACCUCCUAAGCUCCUUGCUCCCUCGGCGCCAAUGCCCGCUCAAGCUCGAUGUUCCACGUCUACGCCGCCGGCGAGCACCAAGUUUGUCUACAACAUCGCCGCUUCAUACAUCGCCAAGGGCCGCGCCUUCGACCCCUCGACCCACGUCUUCCAAUUCAACCCUUACCACCGGGUGCAGCCACCAAAAGCCCGCCGAGGGAAGGCCUCGCGGCCCGAGUCGGGACAAGACGCCUUUUUCGUGAGCCGCCUGGGCGCGAACCCGGGCGAAGUCGCGCUGGGCGUAGCGGAUGGCGUGGGUGGGUGGAUGGACAGCGGCGUCGACCCAGCCGACUUCUCCCAUGCGUUCUGCGACUACAUGGCGGCCGCAGCCGUGGCAGCGACGGCCACUGCGGGGGCCACGGGCAAGCCGUUGACGGCGCGGCAGCUGAUGCACAAGGGGUACGAGGCCGUCUGCCACGACCCGGCGAUCAAGGCCGGAGGCAGCACCGCCAUCGUCGGGCUGCUCACGGCCGAGGGCCUCCUCGAGGUGGCCAACCUGGGCGACAGCGGCUUCAUCCUCCUCCGGCUCAACGGCGUCCACGCCUUCAGCGAGCCGCAGACGCACGCCUUCAACACACCCUACCAGCUCAGUGUAGUGCCACCCAGCAUGCUGCUGCGGGCGGCGGCCUUUGGCGGGGCCCAGCUCAUGGACCAACCGCGCGAUGCCGAGGUGACGCGCUUGCGCCUGCGCCACGGCGACGUGCUCAUCCUCGCGAGCGACGGCCUCUGGGACAACCUCUUCAACCAGGACGUGCUGCGCAUCGUCAGCCGGACCAUGGCACGCGCGGGCGCGUGGGCGACCACGGAGCGGGGCGUGCAGGUGGCGCCGGACCUGCGGCCUUACACCGCGCCGGGCGAGGCGGCGGACACGACGUCCUCAGCGGGUUCGCAGCAGCACCCCUACCGCACCAACACAACGACGCUGCAGAGCAUGCUGGCGACCGAGAUCGUCGGCGCCGCCAAAGCCGCCAGCGUUAACCAGAAACUGGACGGCCCCUUCGCCAAGGAAGUCAAGAAGUACUACCCGCACGAGGCGUGGCACGGCGGCAAGGAGGACGACAUCUGCGCCGUGGUGGUGCUCGUGUCAGAGGAGGAGGGGGCGGUGGCGGCGGCAGCCCCAAAGGCGAAGCUCUGACCGAAUAUCAUCCGGCGCGCGCGAAGACCGUUUGGGCCGCGUGGCAGGAAUUACACACGCCUGCUGCCUACCGAGGUCAGCAGUAUGUUGGUUCAGGUUACGCAUAUUGACCUCGGACCUCGAAAACUAACAGGACACGGGAAUGGGACGAGGAAAGAAAGAAAUAUUUUUUUUUUGUUCUACGCAAGAGA